AGCGCGGGCGGAAGUGGCUAACAGGGAAGCAUCUUGCAGGAACAGGAAGAACACUCCGGUUAGCUGAUGUCAACACACUCCUGAGCUACAGCUGGUUCGGUGGUUAGCUAGCUUAGCCUGUUGCCAACCACACGGUGACACUCGUGCUGCAGCUUUUGACACUUUGCACGUAAACACCCGCACUUUUUCUGUGUUGCUUUGAAUUAAAUGCGACUUUUUUCCGAGGAUGCAUGUGCAGAGAGUCGUUCUCAACUCACGUCCAGGUAAAGAUGGGGUGCCAGUUCCUGCAAAUUUCCGCCUGGAGGAGUCCACUUUGGCGCCUGACCUGACGGAGGAGGAGGCCCUUGUUCGGACGCUUUACCUUUCAGUCGACCCUUACAUGCGCUGCAGGAUGAACGAGGACACCGGUACUGGGUACCUGACUCCAUGGCAGCUGUCUGAGUGUGUGGAUGGUGCCGGCAUCGGUGUGGUCGAGUCCAGCCGCUGCAGCUCUUUCUCUGUGGGAGAUGUGGUCACUUCGCUCAACUGGCCGUGGCAGACCCAUGUUGUUAUGAAAGGAAGCGUCUUACAGAAGGUUGAUCCCCAGUUGGCUUGUGGGCACUUAUCCUACUUGUUGGGUGCAGUUGGCCUAACAGGCCUCUCUGCCCUGCUGGGAGUGAGGGAGAAGGGUCACAUCACCAAAGGGGCCAAUCAGACCAUGGUGGUCAGUGGGGCUGCUGGGGCCUGUGGCUCCAUAGCUGGACAGAUUGGCAGGCUGGACGGCUGUGUGAGGGUUGUUGGGAUCUGUGGAUCUGUUGAGAAGUGCAGAGCUUUAGUGGAUGAUCUGGGCUUCUCUGCUGCCAUCAACUAUCGACAGGAGGAUGUACCGGCAAGACUGAAGGAGUGCUGCCCUGAUGGUGUGGAUGUUUACUUUGACAAUGUGGGAGGUCCCAUCAGUGAUACUGUCAUAGCACAGAUGAACAGCGGCAGCCAUGUGAUCCUGUGUGGGCAGAUCUCUCAGUACAACAAGGAUGUGCCAUAUCCUCCACCUUUGAGCGAGGAGACACAGGAAACUCUGCAAAGCAAGAGCAUCACCAGAGAGAGAUUCAUGGUGCUCAACUACAUGAGCAAAGCAGACGCUGCCCUCUGUGAGCUCAGCCAGUGUGUUAAAUCAGGUCAAAUCAAGGUGCUAGAAACUGUGGUGAAUGGCAUUGAGAACAUGGGAGAUGCAUUUUGCUCUAUGAUGAAAGGGGGAAACAUUGGCAAACAAAUUAUAAAGAUAUCGGAGUGAGGAUAAUCACCACAGUUCCCAGCAACUACUACUCUCACCAGACACCUCGAGAAAUGAACCCACAGCUGCCUAUUCAUCACUCACUGCCAGUAAGGUAAUGAACAAGAGUAAGACACUGCAUCGCUUUGGUGCCAGUUGAUUACAAUUAUGAACCAGAAAUCAAAAAUCACAUCAUAUUCUCUCUUUAUGAUCCUGAGAAAAGUAAAAUAGAAAAGUAAGGAGUGUUUGAGAGUCUGAUAAGUUUUGAAUAUUAAUACUUUUUAAUAUAGAUUUAUAUAAAUCCAUGCUGCAGUAAAAAAUAAACAUAGAUUAAAUAGAUAUUUGCUUAUAAUAUCUAUAUUAUAAACACCCAGCAUUGCCAUUGUUUCAUCCUUGAUUGUGAUUUAAUUUGUGUUUUACUACUCAUGGAGUUAAACUAAAGAUUUUUGAGUAGAAUUAAUUUUAAUCUAAUAUUUUAUACGUUAGCUUACCGGCUGAAUCGCUUCCGCUACAAACAGGAGUUUACACUGUGAUGCUACAGCAGUUAGCUCCCAUUUAGAUUCAAUGAUUAACAUUGUUGUAGUAGCUUUAUUUGUAUGAAAAAGUUAGCUGCAGUUUAAUAGCUAACUAAAAAAGUGUUUUUAGUUAACGUACAUGACAUUUAUUUUAAUUAGACCUUUGGACUUUAUUUUGUUAUCUUUGACAAUGUGUUAGCUAAUUUUGUUUGCAUUAGCUUGCCAGCUAAAGCACUUAAGCUAGUGUGUGUGUUUAUACAGUGAUGCAGCAAUAAUAUUAUGUUUUAUUUCUUUAGCUUCUUUUCACACUUUAUUUUAAAUAAUAUAUUACAAAUUUUAUGAUUCAGAAAUUCCUUUAAAUUGCAUUUUCUCAGUGUGGGGGGUUCUGUGUAAAAGUACACAAAGUACAUGAUUUACUGUAAUGAACAUUUUUAUUCCACAGCACUAUAAACCAUUAACAAAAUAAAAGUUGUGGCUGGCUCUAAGUUCAGUUGUCACGAGAAAAAAAAAAUGUGGCGGGGAGGGAUCAUCA